AUGAGCUGCGGUUUCAGGGUCUCAGUAUGGUUGGGUGGGCUGCCGCCCCAGGCACACGAUAAGAGUCAAGUGGUGGUAACUGCAGCUCUCCCUGAGUAUAUGGGUCGCAGCGGUGGAGCAAGUGAGAGCAACGUUUACAUCCAGUUUAACGGUAGCCACAUAUAUCAGUCUACUCAUGUACCAGCUGCUGCGUCAGAGGCAAUCGGGGGCUGCAGCUGCGGCAAAUCGCGCCAAACUUUGGUUGUACUUGGAGACGCUGGGUCGCUUCCUGGGGGUAGCGAGACUUUGAAAGAUCUCUUCGAGUCUGUGUCUCGUGUUGAGGAUGAAUGCGGGAGCUACAUCUCCGAUUGCGAGAGAAGUGUAUGGCUGGCUCAACGGCAGACAGGAGGCAACACGACAGCAGCAGGCACUGCGAGUUGGUCACCACAAAACAUUGUUGGUGGGGUGGAGAAUGAGUACAAAGUAGAAUAUUGCUGCAAGAAGUCGAAAGUUUUAGCUGCGAGUCGUGCAGCUUACGCGAAGCGAGUCUGCGUUGCUUUGUCUCGCCGGUGUCGGUGGUGCACUUGCUAUGCUGCCCGUUAUCGGAACGGACAGAGUUCCAGAGUACAGGGGCCAGGGUUCGAUUCCAGUUCCAAAGAAAAUACCGUUUCAUCUGCUGCUUUUUCUGUAGCAUUCCACUCCGAAGCUUAUGGCCUUCUCUUCUUCUGCAGAGAUAAGCUCGGCCUUGCAUCUUUGCUGGCUGUGGCACCCGCCGAGAGCCCAGGAGAAUUGUCUCCCAGCUUUGUCUUGGCAACAUCUGCAGCAGAGCUGCGCAGUGCUGACGGGACUCCUGGGUGGCAUAGAAAGUUUAAAGAAAAUGUCGUAGAGGUCCCCGUGGACGGCGUGUGGCUUGUGGAUCUGUGGGCAUUGGCAGACUCACAUAGGUGUCGCAACGCUUCUUCCACUUCAGCACCUGUGCCUCUCAAAAUGCCGCCUGCGUACAGUAUAGAGUUGCAGUUACGUGACGCAUCCAUUCCCGGCCUGCGCAACGCGAUCUGCGUCCCUUGGGAGCGGCCUAGCAUCAUCCGCACAGAGCACAUGUGGUGUACCUGCGAAAAUUGUGCUUUAUCUCGCGAACUGUUCUGGGACUCAAUGGAUUCCCUUGAUAACCUUCGGCACGACAUGGAGUGCACUCUACUCGAAGAGAGAGAGCUUCUGGAGAGCAUUUUCAAAUCAUUCAAAGGAUUCGCAAAGGAUGAACGUCCGCCUUCUCUAGAAAACUCAUGUGAUAUGCAAAGAACUGGAGGUCCGCCUUUAAUUACAUCAUCACGAGUAUUGGCGUCUUUGUACAGGCAGCUCUUCGAUGCCGUAUCACGGUCAAUACCCGAAGCACUGCAACGGAUUCAGAGUGGUGGCGGGCCUGCUGUGAGGAGUGCUACGGAGGCUGAGACUGUAUUCGUAGGGGUUUUGUUUUCCGGGGGCGUUGACUCGACAUUGCUUGCGGGGAUGGUUUUGCGGGUCCUCGCUGCUGCUAUGGCAGCUGAGCGCUCGGGUGCCCCGAGUGGAUGUGCCCCUUCGCACAGAGCGCUUCCUCAAAAGGUAGUUGUUGUAGAGCUUGUUUCUGCCUGCUUUUCGGCAGAGGCUCCAGACAGACUGACCGCAUUGCGUAGUUUCCAGGACUUGCUCUGUUUGCUGGACUCCUUAGGUGUACGCUACAAGCGACAGUGCGAUGGCAGCAGUGCCACUGACACUUCGCACAACAGCAGCUUCACACUGAUUGGAGAGUGGGCACUUGAAUUGAGGCUUGUGGCCGUAGAUGUGUCAACCACAGAGAGUGCAGAAUGCCGUGACCAGCUUCUACAGGUCAUAUACCCCAAGCGAAGCCACAUGGAUUUUAACAUUGCUGCUCCCCUAUACUUCGCUUCCAGAGGCACUGGAUAUUUAGUAUCCCCAAAUUUCGGGAGAAAAGAGCAGUGGCACUUGCUGCUGCACGAGCCGUCUCUAUGGAAGGACCUUCUAAUCCGCCCACCUCCUCAACCCCGCUGCCACCAAGCCCAGCGCACGAAAUGCGAAUCCAAUGAGCACACUGAGGAUACAACACAGCUCGGGCACCCGGCAAAACCAGUUCAAGGACCCACUAUCUGUCGGGGAACAGCAGCAGAGCAGAAGGGUGGUACAUGCAGGGUGUGCCUCCGGCAGGCAAAGAGCGACUGUGUGCACGGGACAUGCAAACUUUGCUGCUCGAAGCUGCAAACUGUUGCAGCACAGCGGGCAUCCUCAAAUCUGCAGAGCCAAGCCUGCGAUGAGAUCCACGUGAACGGGAAAGGGCGAGUACGACUUGCUGACAUUGACGUCGCCGUGCAUGCUGUGUGCCCAGUACACCGCAGGCGUCGCCAAAAUUGCGCCAAGAAGGAUGCAGUUGCUGACGAAGAUGGCAAGACCGACGAAUGCAGUGACGAACAUCCAUGUAGGGAAGAGAGCCAUGCUCCAUUCAAAUCCCUUUCCGUUCUACCUUGUGGAGUGCCUUUGGCUACGCUUGAAAGUGGGCGGCCCUUCAUGGCAAUGCAACUGCCUGAGCUGCACCAGUGGUGCAGCAUAGACCAACGGCGAUGGAAGUGCGUGGAUGCAAAGACAGGCGCGUACACCUUGCAGAGUACGGUACUUUUAAUGGGCAGUGGCGCGGAUGAAAUAUUUGGCGGAUAUGCUCGCUACCGGACGGCGAAUCGUACCAAAGGCUGGGGCGCACUUCGACAAGAGCAGAUCCUGGACUUGAAGCGCCUUUGGUUCCGCAAUAUGGGCCGAGAUUCCCGCACCCUUCGCGCUUUCUGCCGGUGGGCCCGUUUGCCAUUUCUUGAUGAGCAUCUGUUGGACUUUGUUUGUUGCUUCGUUCCGUUCGAUUACAUCGUCCAACCGUCUAGUGACGCGCGUACCCGAGUCGAAGAGGUGAUGCACCGCCUGCUCGUUAAAGCGACAAAUCCGGCCCCUUAUGGCUGUUCUGGAACCUUAGCGAGCUCGUCGGCAACGCGUAGAGAGCGAGAGAACUCCGGAGGAAGAUUAGAAAUAUGUGCAAUGAGUUUGCCUGGCAGUCCGGCAACAGAGCUCGGCAAUAAUAAUACCGAAGUGGAAGUUACGAGCAACAAUCUGAGCUCUGGAAAUAAAUGGCUCCUGCGGCUUUGUGCGGCCUACUGUGGACUGCCUUUUAGCUCCGUAGCAAAAAAGCGUGCAAUGCAGUUUGGCUCGCGCUCUGCCAAAGUUUCAAAUAGUGAAUACUUCACUAGCAAUCGUAAAGCUCGGGGUGACGCCAGUGUGGACAGUGGCGAUGGCAACUCUCACAGCUGA